CGCGCGCGAAUGACAUCAACAGGAUUGUGCCACAUCCCGUUUUAGAACGCUGUCUCGCGCCGGUCGUUUAAAAAGUGGGCCGUUAAAAUCUGUUACACGCCGAGCUCUGUCACCCCUUCCUUGAGCCAGAAAGGUUGUGUGUGUUUUUUGUUUUUUACAUUUACGGCAUCGACCCUCGGGGUUUUUCCCACUUGCUCUGGUCCCCGAGCCGUUUACGCAAAGGUGGGAGAUACCCGCUUGGUAGGACAGCCCCCUCUCUCAGUUCCUCAGCGGAUGAUGUGUGCAAGUGACAUUUGCCGUUGCGGUUUGGGACAGUAGGCGAGGCGUCUCUGCAAACAGGUGUGCGACUGCCCAAAACAGACACGCUUAGUACGACUUUUUUCGCCUUGUUUAGUGGAGGUGGACCUCCAGCACCGGUGUCAAAGCGAUCAUCCUCGUAGCGGGACAGGGAGAGGAGGGGGAGUCUACUGUCGUUAUCAGGCUUUGUAGUUGCAUUUGAUCGUUUCGAAAAGGGGCUUGCGGCUCACAAAGAGGAAGGGAUGGCAACUAAGAAACCAUGCGCGGAUUUAACAAAAAGAAGCCGAAGUCCCGUCGUGCUGGAGGCUGAGAUGUUCAGCGAAUUUCAGGACUGGUGUCUCCGGACUUAUGGAGACUCGGGUAAAACAAAGACAGUGACUCGCCGAAAAUACAACAAAAUCAUGCAGACCCUGCUACAGAACGAGGAGUCGGACGGUGUCUAUGUCGACAACAGCCACAUCAACGCCAAAUUCAAAUUCUGGGUGAAGUCCAAAGGCUUUCAGGUCGGCAGCAACAUCUUGGGCGAGCACAACAAGAAAGAGUCAUCGGGGAAGCCCGUCCUGUACGUCCCUGUCAAGUCUACGUGUUCAGAUGGAGGGGCGGCCCAGGACAGCUCUUUGAAGCGGGUUGCUGUGGUGGAGGAUUUUUUUGAUAUCAUCUAUGCCAUGCAUGUCGAGAUGGGGGCAGAUCCCGGACGAGCACCAAAACAUGCCGGCCAGAAAAAGACCUAUAAGGCGAUUGCAGAGACCUACGCAUUUCUUCCGCGUGAGGCGGUGACCCGUUUCUUGAUGAGCUGUGGAGAAUGCCAGAAAAGGAUGCACAUCAACCCCAGCACAGCAGAGUUCAAAGAAAAUGACCGGCCCACCUCUCUGGUCCCAGACCUCAUCGAUUACAACAUGCCUCUCACUGCCACCUAUCUAAAACAGAUGAAACUACAGUGCAUGAACACCAAUGAGCAGGAUGAGAGUUCGGUAAGCAGUGAGGAUUUGGACAUGGCUGAGCCCGCGUGGGUCUCUACUGAGCGUGCUCCAGCCGCAGAGCCCAGCAGCCCCACCGCCCCGUACACAGAGAGGAUGCCUACACCGCCACAGCCCAGCAUUAAAGAGGAAGAAGAUGAUUCCUCUUCAGAGAAUGGCAGCACAGCGAACGGUCUGCCUGCACUGACUCCGCCUGGCGGUGCUGCCAUGGCGACAGGAGGAGUUCCUGCAUCUGAGGGGGUGGUUCCAUACGGAGAGGUGAACGGUAAUGGUGCCGCAGCGCCACUGGACUUCAGCAACACUUCAUCGUCCUCUUCAUCGCAGGAGGGACAGCAGCCUGUCAACCUGAGCGACAGACUCACACUCGGAUCCUACACAUCUGACCCCAACAGAAAAUUCCCCGUCAAAACUGAGUACGGUAACAAGUCCCCUCAGUACAGCUCAGGAAGCUAUGACUCUGUCAAGACGGAACUGAGCACGUGCGGGGAGGACAUGACCCCCGGCCGCUCACAGGUCAUAGAUGAUGAUGACGACGAUCACGAUGACCAUGAUGACAGUGACAAGAUAAAUGACGCCGAGGGCCUGGACCCUGAACGACUUAAAGCUUUUAAUAUGUUUGUGCGGUUGUUUGUGGAUGAGAACUUAGACCGGAUGGUUCCAAUCUCAAAGCAGCCCAAAGAGAAAAUCCAGGCCAUCAUCGAGUCCUGCAGCCGCCAGUUCCCAGAGUUCCAAGAACGUGCUCGCAAGCGUAUCCGAACCUACCUCAAAUCCUGUCGCCGCAUGAAGAAGGGUGGCUUUGAGACACGGCCCACACCCCCUCACCUCACCUCCGCCAUGGCUGAGAACAUCCUUGCAGCAGCAUGUGAGAGCGAAACACGGAAUGCUGCGAAGAGGAUGCGCCUUGACAUCUAUCAGGCCCAUGAUGAGUCAUUUGCAGCAGACAAGCCUAACUCCAGAGAUCCGGCUGCUCUGGCUAACUCAGGCUUCACACUGGCCGCCUCGGCCUACUCCCAGGACCAACUCUACACCAAUGGUGGACUUAAUUACAGUUUCCGUGGAUACGGGACCAUUGGCAACAGCCUCCAAAACAAUGGCACAACACAAACCAAUGGUCCCACUGAUCUCAGUAUGAAAUCUUUGGCAUCCAACAGCACGUCCUCCUCCAGUUCAAACAGUCAUGGUCAGGGCGGAGGGGGCGGAGGGGCAUCUGCCCAGCUCAGCCCGCCCGAGGUCACGGCUGUUCGGCAACUGAUUGCGGGUUACCGUGAGUCUGCGGCCUUCCUGCUCCGCUCUGCUGAUGAGCUUGAGAACCUCAUACUGCAGCAGAACUGAGAACUGCACACAGGCUGGUGCUGCCCGUCUCUCUUUAACACACAAAAAUGCACACUAUGACAGGAAAGUUACAUGUAGCUAUGUGCACUUAAACACAUAUACACCUAAAGCCCAUAGGCGGAGUUUGACACCACUUAGGGGGAGCAAAAUGGGGGGAUCAGAAGAAGCGGUGUCUGAAACGCACAUACAGGGUAAAAUAUUAAGAACAUGGUUCACUGGCCAUGAACCUGUAAUUUGCUAAUUUUUUAAAAACAUAACACAACAUUUUAUUUAAAUGUAAAUUACUUAUUAUUAUUAUUAUUAUAUUAUUGAUUUCAGUAAAAAGCAAAGCACAGGUCAUUGUUUCCAAUAUUUAUAUGAAACGCUACCUCUCAUAAAAACUUUAAAGUAAUUACGGGGUUGUUAGAUAAAAACCUUGAGGUGUAACCAUGAAUAACUGGUAACUUUAUCUGGAACGCCAACAUAAAACAUGGAUUUAAUUUUAACCUUUUAUUGCACUGUAGUAAAAUGUUAAAAUAAAAACCAUGUAUUAUGUUACCAUUCUAAAUAAAAUGACCAGCCAAACUGAACUUGUAUUUGGCACUUGGUAAGUAUUAUUUUUUGGCUGAAACUAUAUAAGGUGCUUUACACAGACUUGUUAAUGCACAUAGAAGAAUAAACUGCAGUCACUAGAAUCAGUGUUUAAGGCACUUGAAGUAUCUUGUUGAUUCUUGUGCACAGCAAACAAAAUUUAUUGACACAGAACAGAAAAAGGCGAAUUUUGCCCACAACAAUGUAAUUAAUAAAAAUAUCAUAUAUUUAUUAAUAUAAUUUAGUAAAUGAUUUAAUUUAUUAAUGUAUUUAUGAAGAUAACUUUAUUUCUAAGCUUUACAAAAUCAAAAAUAAAACAGUUUCAGACACUCGAAUCCCCCCGAUAUCCCCCAAACUGCCUAUGCUCUUUCUAUAAACCUACCUAUCACACAUUGCUCAUGACAGCUUUAUGUCCAUGAUAGUGUCUUUAUCAAAUUUCCUUACCUUUGAGUCCAGCGAGGUUUAAUCCUUUUCGGAGGGCUGAGAUGUCUUGUUAAACGUGGUUUUAUGAUGAGAUGAUCAGAACACAAAGCAAGAGGUGUCUGUACUCACAGCAGCAUUGCAAGUGUCUUGCACAGAGCACAAUCACACAGUGAGAGCUAUCAGUCCACCACAGAGAGUUCAGACUUUUCAGACACACACACGCACACAAAAAAAACAAAAAAUAGCUGUAAAUUUAGGAGUGAUGCCCAAAACCUACACAGAAUGAUGUCAUCUCCUGCCUAAAGUUUACGCUAUGGCACAAAAUACAUAGAUUAGGUUCCUAUAUGUCAAUGGCAUCUUGUUUUAUAGAAUUUGAAAAGUUCCUCAGAUGUAUUAGUUGUUCUUUUACCAUAGACAUAUCCACACAGCAUUUGCUCCAGAUUUAGCCAUUUUAGAUAUAGAACAGAUCUAAGAGAAAAGGGUUUUUGUAAGAUCUCUCUUCUUCUGUUCAAUGCUAAUGAGGUUUGGGGAGAAGGUGCAAUGUAGAUGAUAAUCGUUAAUCGUCGUGUGUUUUCAUUCAGAAACACAUUAACAGAUGUCUUUUGUACAUAUAUAUAUAUAUAUAUAUAUAUAUAUUCCUCAUUCAAAUUUAAGAAAUUUCAUCCUAGCUUACACAUGCACACUUAAAAGACUGCGAAAAUAAAUGGUCAUUAGUGGUUGCAAAAAAAAAAGAAGAUGCUGAAAUUCUAUUGGUUGGGAAUGUUGGACAUUAUGCAAAUGAAGCUGUGCUGAGUUGAACACUUUGAACUUAAAUGCUUGAUUGCCUUGGCAAACCUCCAUGCACUGUAGGAAAAUUACUCACAGGAACACGAGCGACAUUGACCUCCCAGACAAGAGGGCCGUAGAUUGACUUGUUAAAAAAAAGGAAAAAAAGAACAAGGACUGCAGUCCCCAUGCUGCACUGCAUCGAAAACACAUUCUGUUAAGUUGUGAAUGCUGCUCUUUUUUUUCUAACCUCAUGACUGAGACACUUUCAUCUUCACAGGGACCAAUCAAAACAGAGGGACUUAACAUCUUAUUGGCACAAAUUGCUUUAUAUAUAUAGUGAGUUUGAGAGAAAGGACCUAAUUAUUAGCAGAAGGGAAACAACGGUGACAUCCUUUGCUUUCAGUCAGCAACACCCAAGAGCUUAAAGAGGCAUUGAUUGGUGGACUAAGGUAGCAUCAUCCGCAGGAACCGAGUGUAGAACAUUGACGAUGCAUUGCCCCUCAAACACCAGCCUCAUUCUUCCUCCUGCCUGCAUUUUCUCAUGUUCACAAAUGCCAUUGUUAAAAACUGUAUUAAAAAAAAAGCAAAAGACAAUCCUGAACAAUUGUGACUUGAUCCCUCGGAAAACGGCAUAGCGUUGUUGUGUUGGGUCUCACUCUGAUUCUCUAGCCUUUAGUGGAGUGGUGACAAUACAGGGCCUUCAAGUCUUGUAGCCAUAGCUUGAACCGUGUCCUCACUCUGCAACAUGAUUAUGCGGAACAGAGCAUUUUCCUCUGUUUAGCUGCAAACAUUCUUUUUUUAUUAUCUGGAUAUAUUUAUUUCUGUCUUGCCAUUCCAGUUGUGCUUUAUUUGUUGUUUUGUGUAACUUUUUUAUUUAGUAAAUUAAAUAUAUUUUUUGUUGACUUUUUCUUUAAAUACUCUGGUUGUAGAACACUGAAGGGAAUAGAUGUUGCGAGUCUCAAUAUUCCAAAUGUAAAACAUGCAUCUCAGAUUGGUCUCCAAAUGACUGAAUACGACAUCCAAAUGACACAAUUUCUAAAGAGAAAAAAGUUCUUCAACAGCUUAGUUACAGUUGAUAUAUGGCUCAAAGCCUGCUUAUUACCUCUUACUUGUUACUCAUUGAAAUAGAUUCAUUGAUAAACAAAUGAAAUUAUAUGUGCAGGAUCAUUAGUUAAGUUAUAUUCAGAUGUUACACUUUAUAAAUGAUUAAAUUGGUUAACAUAGUAGCACUUUACAAUCCGCGAAGGAAAAAUGUUUAUGGGAUGGAGCCUUGAAACCGACUAAAUGAUCCUAAAUUAUGAAAUGCAGCUGAUCAUUCUCAAGCCAUAAUGUUCUGUCUUUAUUUGCUUUAUAUUGUAAUAAUUUGUUCCCUUACACCAUGCAGGAGAAUGUGAACCCGUCAAACAUUGGGCUUUGAGUUGAGGAAAGAAAAAUGUGUCUGGGCUUAUUCUAAUUAUUUGGUGAUUGCAAGAAAGCGAGCAUUUGAAUUUACUCAGACCAUAAAUGUGUUGGUGUACUGAGAGUUCGAAAGUUGUACCAGGUCAUUGAUCUUUGUUUGCUCUGAUUUUUUGCUCUUUGUUUUGUACAUUUUGUUUCUAAAUGACAUUAGAAGUGUAAGCUGUCUGGACAUCUGAGGUUGGUGAACACAUGACACAUGAAAAGAAAAAGGAAAAGGAAAGAAAUUCUACAACUUUUUUUUUUAACCGUGCAGCUAAACUCUGCAAUCAAAUGUGGUAACAACCAUUGCCUGUGAUAUAUUUUAAUUUUGUGGUGCUUUGUAAUAUUAUUAUGAUUAUGGUAUUUGAUUUGUUUUUAAUCCUGUACUUAUUAGAAACUGUAGGCUGAAGCUCAGUUUCUCUUUGUAUACCAAUGUGAAGCUUUGUAUGAUUUCUUUCUGGUUUUUUGACUCAGUGGAAGUGUGUGAUGUUUACAUGUACAGAAUUUAAGAUUUGUUUUGUUGUUGCUUUAAUUUCUGUUGUUGUUGGUUUUGUUUGUCCUAGUAAAGCCCUGCCUAUCGUCCUGUCGUGAUCCCACAAUGUGCUUUUUACUUUAAAUCAAAUAUGAAUGGAGGAGAACAUGGACGUGCUUAACUUAAACCACAGUAAAGGCCUUUGCACACUUUUGUGCAUCAAUCUCUGCAUAUUUAUUUUCUCAAGUUGCUUUAAUCCAUGCAAAUGGUUUUUAAAGACAAUUAAGAACAUUGUGUAAAUUGCUUUUGUUUUUUUCCUUUGUCAAACAACUUCAGUUUCACAUCCAGUGCAAAACGUUGUCUGUGUAAGGGCCUUUAGACGUGUGGUUGUCACUACUGAUGGUAGAUGCCGAGGACGAGAGAGAGGAGGGACUUAUCAUCAGCUCAAAGGGCACCACUAAUUUUCUUCUCCACAAAUGUGGGAGUAAAAUGCCCCCUUACAGUAGUCCCCUAGUUAUUUAUGCUUGUUCUAGAGAAAAAUCUAAAGACAAAACUCUUGAUGUCAUGUCAUUUUUUUAUAUUAUUGGGAAUAUAGACUGGGGCAUUGUGUUUCGGUUGGGGCAGAUUCACCCAACUCAUAAACCAGCUGAUCUGUGCUCUUUGACCUCAGUCAGAAGCCUCCUAGUGAGUCAGAAAGCCAUUCCCCUUGCACUGUUCUUAUGUACGGGACACAUGCAAACCUCAGGAACCCUUUGGAUCUGUGUUACUUUUUUUAACCAGGUCUCUACGUCUUGGCUGACGAGUCCUCCCUCUCUCCAAUAUCAACCCGAUUAUAUUGGAUUUGCUAUGUAUGUGUUUUGUUUUUUUAUAUAUAUAUUUAUUGUGAUUUCAAAGUGAAUCCAGUACAUGUGGCUGAAUAUUUGAGUUCUUUAGAAAAGUGUUGAUAAACAUAAUUAUAUAUAUAAAUAUAUGUGAACCGCCUAAAAGAUGGAGAAUAUGGCAGGUGAAAUUCAAUUCUGUUUGUUUAAUGUAAAAACAAAGAAAAGAAGAAAAAUGAAAAAGCACAGGUGGGUGAAUUUCCUGCCUUUUACAUAUCACUUUGCCGAGAGACUCAUUCUAAGACAUUUUAAAGUUUUCAGUGUGGUGUCAUCGCUGUGGUCAGAGAAAGCACCUGCAACCCGAGUUGCUCUUUCCUCCAGAGCUGUCUGAAUAAAAUCUGUGAACUGAA